CGAAAGUGAGGGUUGUCCAUGUUGGAUUUGGAAACCCAAGUGGCACCUCAAGCUCUUCGAUCAUUGACAUGAUCAAGUGCUCUGAAGAAUCCUGCAAAAUUUAGGGCGCUGCCCAUGUCAUAAGCAGACCAUCCUAAAGAAGGCACAAAGUCCGCUUCUUUGGCAUGGGAUCAUUAAGUAUGGCACCUCUUGGUGUCAAGCUGCCGAGUCGACCGCAGAGCGCCAAGUCGCCAAGCCGACCCCAAAGUGCCAGGGUGCGACCGCAAAGCGCUCAGAGUCGACGGAGCGAAGGAGAUGGAGGUCCUGGCGGCAUGCUGAGCUACAAGGGUCUUAUGACCAGACAGCAGCACCAGAACAGGCCCACUAGUGCUGGGCGGCGAAUCCUCCCUGCCGAGCUGGGCUUGUCUGGGCGGAGGGUCCUUACUUUGCCGUCACACGUGGACAAUUGUGAUCAAGGAGAAAGUUGCUGUUGGCGUUGGUUAGCCCAUGCGGUCUUGAAAGAGGCCUCCUGGUUGAAGGAAGAUCUCGACACUCUCCGGAAGGAGCAUGCUGAGCGCCUGGAACAUCAGGCCAAGGUGGAGCAUAGCACCGAAGAGCUGGCGGAGCUGCGUGGUGCUCAUCGGACCUUGCAGUCAGAGCUUCGCACAUCACGAGAUCAGUGCGACACCUUGAGGCAAGAGCUCCUAUUGGUGAAGACACAAGUUGCUCAAAAGCUCAGCCGAGAAGAGGACCUUCUGCAAGAUGUGGCUCGACUGAAGGAGGAGAAAUCCGAGGCGAGCUCGAAGGCGGAACAUGCCAUGCAAAGGCAGAUGGAAAUCGAGCGUGAGAAUUUCAAGAUGCACGCUGAUGCAGAGGACCUCAAACGGCAACUGCUCUUUAUGGAGGACGACAAAGCUCGCUCGGAAGGUCUCUUGAAGGCCCUCAAGAAGGAAUGUGAGGAGAUGCGGCAGGCGCAAGAAGAGGCCGCCAAGCGCCGCAAGGCGAGGCAGAGCGCCAAGGCUAAAGCCAGGAGUGGCAGGCGUUGAAGAGGCACCUGUGACCCAGCGGCAGUUUUCAACAUUAGGUGCCUGUCAAAGUUGGGUGUGCUGAGGACUUUGCUGGUUUUGUUUGGUGA